AUGGCGUCAUUAUCGCUUCCCCGAGUACUUCAGCUAAAGAAAAAUAGUCUGGAUGCUGAACGUGAACAAUUCGAAAAAUUCCAGACACUAGCUAUACAAAAAGCUAUCAACGCGAUCGAGACGCCUGUAAAGGAGAAACAUGUCCGGAGUACAAUUAUUGGCACCUUCCAGGAGCAAAGCGCUGUUACGUAUUGGAUGGUGGCGAUCCGUCAGCCUUUACUUGAUAACCGUAUCGUCGCAUGGAAGUUCUGCCACGUAACGCACAAGUUGCUGCGCGAGGGUCACCCCGCCUGCUUGGAUGACUCACAGCGACAUAUUGGGAUGAUCGAGAACCUAGGCAAGCUAUGGGUGCACCUUCGAGAGGGUUAUGGCCGCCUGGUCCACUUGUAUUGCAACCUGCUGGUGUGCAAGCUGAAGUUUCACAACCGCAACCCGCGCUUCCCAGGCAACAUGCAGCUCACCGCUGACGAGCUGGAUAACAUUGCAGAGAACGAUGUCAAUAAUUAUUUCCAGAUAUGCGUCGAGUUAUUCGAUUACAUGGACGACAUCUUAAACCUACAAGCGGCAGUGUUCGAGAGCCUGGGCAACGCGCGCGCCAACUCGAUGACGGCGAGCGGGCAGUGCCGGCUGGCGGCGCUGAUCCCGUGCGCGCAGGACGCGUCGCACAUCUACGACUGCAACGUGCGCCUGCUGUUCCGCCUGCACGCCGCGCUGCCGCAAGACACGCUCGCCGGCCACCGCGAGAGAUUUCGGCAGCAGUUUAAGAAACUAAGUUCCUUCUACAAGCACGCAAGCAGUCUCCAAUACUACAGAAAUCUGCUAACACUGCCCGUCCUACCGUCGAAUCCACCGAAUUUUCUUAUACAGAGUGAUUUCGGCACGUACGUAACACCGGUGGUGUCAAUCCCAGAGCCACCACCCGAUGAAGUGGACUCCGUCGGCAGCCUGAUAGACACGUCGGAUACUAUCAGUCAGAUGUCGCAGGUGUCGCGCGAGUCGGCGGAGCGGCGCGCCACGCCGUCGCCGCAGCCCGACCCCGUGCUGGAGCGCGACCGCCUCAUCGACCACCUGCAGACCGAGCUCAAGCGAAUGCGAACAGAAGUAUCGCAACUUGUGCAGGAGCGUAACACGAUGUUAGGCUCAAUGCGGGAACACUGUACGCGCCUUGAAACUCAACUUCAAGCUACAAAGACUGAACUAGAGGAAGAGAAAGAAAAAGCCGAUACUUUGGCUGCUGAAACGCCAGAAAUUAAACAAAAAUUAGUAGAAACGGAGGAAAAAGCCAAAGUGAUCGAUGAGAAAUUUCAAAAAUUAAAAGGCGCCUAUACACAAUUACGGGAAGAGCACAUUACGUUAAUUAGACAGAAAGCUGAAGUUGACAAAAUGGCCUCCAGUCUACGAGCUGCCGCGGCGCAACACGAAAGUGCCAAAAUGAUGCUACAGCAACAACUUAACGAUAGAAUGAAAGAUGUGGAACUUCUUCAACAAAGCGCAUCGUCCAGUGAAGAAAUAGAGGCAUAUAAAAGUGAAAUUUCCAAUCUCCGAACUGAAUUGGAAAAUUCCAGACAGAAAGAGGUUGAGUUAGAAAAUUUGAAAGCUUCUAUGGAAACAUUGGAAAUUGAACAUAAAACUGCAACAACCGAACAACAAGAAAAAGUUUUGUUACUGACAAAUGAAUUGAAAGAAGUCAAAGAAAAUUUUGAGAAAGUUCAAAAAGAAAAAGAAGAAAGAGAUACGGUAUUAAAUAAGACUAAAGAAGAACUAUUAGUUAUAAAACAGAAAAAUGGGGAAGAGUUAAAGAGGGUGCUGGGGGAAAAAGAAGCAGCCAUACAAGAAAUUGCCGAAUUAAAACAGCAGUAUCAACAGGAGAAAGAGAGGUUAGACCAAGAAGUAUUAGUAAAUCAAGAUCUUCAUAUCAAGCUUAUUGAAAGAGAUUCUGAAAUUAAAAGUACCUUGAUCAAACUUGAGGAGAUUCAUGUUGAGUUUGAAAAUGAAAAAGCGAAUUAUGAUAAAAAGCUUAUCAAUCAGUCUGCAGAAAUCAUAAGUCUUCAGGAAAAAAUGGAUGAAUGUUUACAAAGUAAAAAGUAUACUGAAGAUCUUGUUGAACAGCUUAAGGCAGAUAUAAGUAAUCUAAAAAUUAAAUUGGAAGAAAAAGACGUUGAAAUAACACGCCUUGAAAGUAAUAUAAAAAAAGUUGACUAUGAUAAGCAUACUGCUUUAAGUCAGUUGCAAGAUAAAAAUCAAGAGAUCUCUAUUUUAGAAAAAAAAUUAACUGAAACUAUUAAAGAAAAGGACUUGGAAUUUGAAAAUGUACAACAAUUACUUAUUGAAAAAACAGAUUGCUACCAGGCACAAAUCGCAACUCAAGAAAGCCUAAUGAAUAAUAUUUCUAAUUUGAAAAUAAUCAUUGCAAAUAAAGAUAAACAAAUAGCUGAAUUAAGUUCAAAGUUAGAUGAGAAUUUAUUGUGUAUUGAGAAAGAGAGAAAACAAUUUGAAGCAGAUCAUAAUAAAUAUGAAAUAGAAUUAUCAAUAAUGCAGGAAAAGUUACAACACAUAUGCGACUCUAAAGAAGAAUUAAUUAAAAAUUUUAAAGAAAUCAUAUCGGAAAAAGAUAAACAAGUAAUCGAUCUCAAUGUAGAAGUAAAUAAAUUAUCGGUCGAAGUAUCGCGACUAAAUGAAGAGCUAAACAAGGCUAGUGCUGAAUUAGAAAUAGGAAAAAAUGAGCUGUUAAAUUUAAAAGAUGAAUAUGAGCAUAUCAUUUCUAAAAACGAAGCAAAUUUAGAUUUAAAGAAUAAUGACUUGCGAACACUUAACGAUGAAAUUAAUAAACUGUCUUCUGAAAAGAAGGAUAUUUUAGCAGAAAAGGAGAGUCUAAUUAACGAAUUAACAAAUCAUAAACAGGUACUGGAAAACCGUAUAAGAGAAAAGGAAGAAACAAUAGAAACAUUAAAUAAUAAAGUAUAUAUCUUGCAAAAUGAAAAAAUUGAAAUUGAAAAUAAGUUGAACGAUGAAAUAGAUCUGCUAAAACAAGAAAAGAAAGAUUUCAAACACAUUACAGACACAGAACUGAAAAAACUUCAGGACGAAAAUAUUUGUUACAUACAAAUGCUUUAUGCGAAAGAUGCAACCUUAGGACAAGUAAUGAAAGAGAGAGAUGAAAUAAUGGGUGAAUUCGCUGAGUUAGAACAGUUAAAAAUUAAGGAAAGAAAUGAUAUGGAUGUCAUGUUAUCAGUGAAAGAGAAGGAAUAUCAGACGAUAAACGCUAGGCUAGAACACACAGAGACAGAGCGAUUAAACGCUGAGUGUGAAUUACAGGACUUAUUGCAACAAAACACAGUGUUAGAAGCAGAUGUAGCGUCCUUAAAAGCCCAACUGCAAGAGGCGCAAAUGGAAAUUAAGCGACAAACUUCAAGAUUAGUGACAUGUGCCGGUGAAACAGCCCUUGAAGUAACAAACAGAGCCUUAGAGACGUUUGAACAGGCCAGUCUUCGUGACACUAACCGCCUCGCAGCUGAGUUAGCAGAAAAAGCCUUAGGCGAACUAACAAGGAAUACAGAGAUCAGCGGUAACGAAGAAACCGUAGCAAAAUCAGCUAUAUUUGCUGCACACAACACAGCACAACUAUCCAGAUAUAUCAUGGAAAUUUGUAGUGUUGCUACGGAUAUGGAACUCUCAGACAAAUUGAGUAACGAGUGCCGCGCGAUGCUAUCAGCGACAAAGCAGUGCCUGGAGUCGUUGCGAGGGGGCGAGCUGGAGGCGAGUGCGUGCGAGGGCGCGCGGGCCGGCGUGCGCGCGGCGGCGGCGCGCGCGGCGGCGGCGGACGCGGAGCCCGCGGCGCGCAGCGUGGACGACGAGCUCGCCACCAUGGACAGCGCCAUCGAGCACGCCGCCGCGCAGAUCGAGGAGAUGCUGGCCGCCAGCCGAGCCGCUGACUCAGGAGUGAAACUGGAAGUUAACGAAAAAAUCUUGGACGCUUGCACUACGCUUAUGGCCGCAGUAAAAGUACUAGUCCAGGAUGCGAGGAAAUUGCAGAACGAACUUGGUGAUCCUAAGACACGGCAAAAAAUGUAUAGAAGGAACCCGCAGUGGUCAGAAGGACUCAUCUCUGCCGCGAAAGCUGUCGUGUUUGCUGCCAAGCUUCUAGUUUCGUCCGCGGACGAGGCGGUGAAGGGAGUGGGGCGCGUGGAGGGCGUGAGCGCGGCGGCGCACGAGGUGGCGGGCAGCACGGCGCAGCUGGUGGCGGCGUCGCGCGCGCGCGCCCCGCCCGCCGCGCCCGCGCUCGCGCGCCUCGCCGCCGCCUCGCGCCACGUGGCCGCCGCCGCCGGCGCCGUGCUGGCGGCCGCGCGCCACGCCGCAGACCUCGCGCGCGACACAGAGGCCCUUGACACGUCUACUUUGACACUAACGGCGACGAGACGCUUAGAGAUGGAGAGCAAAGUGCGCACUCUCGAACUGGAGACCGCAUUAGAAACCGAGAGGGUGCGCCUUUCAGAGCUCAGGAAACGACAUUAUCAACUCGCGCAGCUUGAAGAGAAUGGCAACAUGACAAAUGGCAAAGAAUAA